AUGGAGAUACAGGUUGGAGGUGUCAAAGCAAACUGCAUACAGUUGGAUACCAGUCAAGGAGACAGUCAACCAUGUAUUCGCAAACGGUCUCGUAGCUCAGAAGGGACCGGUGGAGUUGUUAGGACUGGAAAUGGACAAAUGGUCAUGGCCUUUGCAUCACCAAUUCAUUUACAUACUAACAACUACUCAGAAGCUCAGACAGCCUUGCAGGGUACCCUAUGGUGUUGUAAUCAACAUUGUCACAACUACACUUUGGAACUGGACUCCCUACUCAUAGUUAAUAUGAUUCUUGGUCUUGAUAAUAUUCUAUGGAAGCUACAAGAGAUUAUUAAGAAAAUUCAAAAGAAUGUGGAGCUCCAUGGUAUCACAGUGCAACAUUGCUACAAAGAAGGUAAUACAGUUGCAGACUCCCUUGCUAAGUAUGCUACCAAUAUCACCAACAAUGAAGUGUUCCUCCAAGAAGAUGAUCUCCCUCAAGAAAUCAAAGGUUCCAAAUUCUGCACUCAUCACUCUUCUUUCUUUGAGUCGACUUUUCCAAUGGGAAUAACAUCUCUUCCAAGUACUAUCACAACAUUUCCGAUGCCUUCAGAGGUUGUUAUUGCUGAGGAAAUUGGGCACGGUAGAGUGCUGACCUUAAAUCGGCCUAACAAUUUAAAUUAUGUAUCAGAAAAAGUGGCAUUAACGCUGGGGCAGAAAUUGGAGAAAUAUGAGAAAGAUGACAAUGCUAAAUUUGUAAUCCUCAAGGGAGCUGGCCGUACAUUCUCUGCUGGUGGGGAUUUGGAAAGGAUAUAUGAUGCAAGGGAUUCUGUCCUUGAAGGUGUUUAUAGAAUUUAUUGGCUUUUCUACCACAUUCAUACUUACAAGAAACCACAUAUCGCUCUUGUUCAUGGAAUGUCAAUGGGUGGUGGUGUAGGCUUAAUGGCUCCAAUGAAAUUCUCCGUCGUCACUGAGAAAGCAUUUUGUUCCACUCCUGAAGCAAAUCUAGGGUAUCACCCAGAUUGUGGCUUAUCAUACAUACUCUCACGCCUUCCAGGUCGACUUGGAGAAUACUUGGGCUUAACAGGAGCGAAAUUGAAGGGUAAAGAAGUGGUUGCUGCUGGAUUAGCAACUCAUUUUGUACCUUCACACAAAUUAUUUCAGUUAGAGAAGAGUUUACUGAGCAUAAACAAUGGUGGUGAAGAGGAUACUAUUAGAUCUGUCAUCGACGAAUUCUCUACUAAUGUUCAAAUAGAUGAAACAAGUGUCUUGAGCAAGUUGUCCAUAAUCGAUGAUUGUUUCUCCAGGGAAACUGUGGAGGAGAUCCUGGAUUCAUUUGAAGCUGAAGCAGGCAAAAAAGGGAAUGAUUGGAUUAUGCCAGUGCUUAAAAGUAUAAAGAAAGCAUCUCCAAUUGGAUUGAAAAUAACACUGAGAUCGAUACGAGAAGGACGGACACAAACCCUAUCUGAAUGUUUGAGAAAAGAAUUCAGGAUUACGAUAAACAUAUUACGAACCAUAAUAUCUGAUGAUUUAUAUGAGGGAAUAAGGGCUGCCAUCAUUGACAAGGAUAAGUCUCCAAAGUGGAACCCUUCAACUCUUGACAAAGUACACGAUGAGCAACUCGACUUAAUCUUCAAGCCAUUAGAACAACAUGACUUGGAACUUCAAAUUCCAAUAAACGAAGAAGAAUGCAGGUGGGGAGGAAAAUAUGAGAAUUCUGGUUAUUGCUUCCGAACCAAAUGA